AUGCCCUCUAUAUCGGAUCGGCUGACAGUGAUCAUCACAACCUCGCCAGCCCCAUCAAACCCCGCCACAGACCUCAUCGCAUCGGUCUUACAGUCCUUCCAGCAGCACUGCGCUGGUCUGACCGACGCGCGCGUGGUCGUCGUCUUCGACACCUUUGCGCGCGUCACCUCCCAGCCACGCCUGAAAAAAGGCCAUGCCAGCCCCGAACUCGCCGAGAGCUACGCGCUGUACAAGCGCAACAUCAAGGCGCUCAUUCUGCAGACCUACCGUCAUGAGCAGGACGGCCAAGGCCAAGCCGCGAGCGAAAAGUCCCACGCGGAGGCCGAGUUCGGCUUCGACGGCCGCGUCGAGCUGCUCAUUACCCGGACCCGCAGCCGCAAAAUCACCUUCAUCGAGCCGGUUGCCCGGCUGGGGUUCGGGCUGGCCGUUCGCUCCGCCCUGAGAGUGGUCGAGACCCCGUACGUCUGGGUCCAGCAGCAUGACUGGGCGCUGGAGGCGGAUAUUCCCCUCGAGCCGCUGCUGGAGAUCAUGCAGGGAAGCGAGGCCGAUGACGCGGUGCCGGUCAAAUAUGUCUCGUUCCCCUCGGUGCGGAUGAAGCGGUAUGCGGUCUCGCCGCAUGUCACGGACCAUGCGGCGCUGCGGGAACUCACCACCUCCUUGAAGCGGGAUUUUGUGGUUCGGUCUCCGUCUCGGCCGGAGCGGAAGAUUGCGCUGACGCCGCUGUUUUUCUGGUUCGAUAAACCGCAUGUGGCUUCUACCGCGCACUAUCUGGCCCGGGUGUUCCCGACGCCGCUGGCGAUGCGCCGCGGGGAGUUCAUCGAGGAUAAAAUCGGGCAGCGGGCGAGGGCGCAGAUGAAGGAAGGGCAGUGGGCCAAGUGGGCCACUUGGCUGUACUACCCGGAUGAGGGAGACUUGCUGUGUCUGCGGCAUUUGAUGGGGCGGACUUGGAGAGGAUUUGGGGGUCCGAUCAAUGUCAAGGAUGGUUUUCAUAUUGCUACGGAUGACGAGUCUUAA